CUCCUGAACUGGCUGCCUCUGCUGCAGUUCAGCACAACUUCGGAGUGUCCCAGCUGAGAACUCCCCGAGCCCACAGGGAAGCAGAUCUCCAGGACGUCUUUCCUGUCCUCCUGGCCCAGUUGCCACAACAAACAGCAGCGAAGACGGCGACCAUGGGGGAUAUGAAGCUGGUCGCCUCAUCGCACGUUUCCAAAACGUCCCUCAGUGUGGACCCCUCGAGAGUCGGCUCCAUGCCCCUGACUGAGGCCCCUGCUUUCAUUUUGCCCCCUCGGAACCUCUGCAUCAAAGAAGGAGCCACCGCCAAGUUUGAAGGGAGGGUCCGGGGCUACCCAGAGCCCCAGGUGACAUGGCACAGAAACGGGCAGCCCAUCACCAGCGGGGGCCGCUUCCUGCUGGACUGCGGCAUCCGGGGCACUUUCAGCCUUGUCAUUCAUGCCGUCCGUGAGGAGGACAGGGGAAAGUACACCUGUGAAGCCACCAAUGGUAGUGGUGCCCGCCAGGUGACAGUGGAGUUGACAGUGGAAGGGAGUUUUAUGAAGAAGCAUGGUCAGCCUGUUGUUUCCAAAACCUUUGGGGACAGAUUUUCAACCCCUGCAGUGGAGACCCGCCCUAGCAUCUGGGGAGAAUGCCCCCCAAAGUUUGCUACCAAGCUGGGCCGAGCGGUGGUCAAAGAAGGACAGACAGGACGAUUCUCCUGCAAGAUCACCGGCCGGCCCCAGCCACAGGUCACCUGGCUCAAGGGAAACAUCCCGUUGCAGCCGAGUGGCCGUGUGUCUAUGUCUGAGAAGAACGGGGUGCAAGUUCUGGAAAUCCAUGAAGUCAACCCAGAGGACGUGGGCGUGUACACGUGCCUGGUGGUGAAUGGGUCAGGGAAGGCCUCCAUGUCAGCUGAGCUUUCUAUCCAAGGUUUGAACAAUGCCAGCAGGUCGUCUGUGAGAGGAGCAACGGCCGCCAGUUCCGACAGCAGGAGGGAGGUGACCAAUGGAAUCUCACAGGGGUCGAAACCGGACAGCCUAGAGACCGCAGCUGGAAGUAAGAACUGCUCCAGUCCCCAGAGGCCUGGCUCCCUGGCCUGGGCCACGAACAGCCAGCCUCAGCCCCUGCGGGAGUCCACGCCGGAGCAGUGUGGGAACCCGCCCGGAAUGGUCCCUCAGGCCCCCGUCCUCCGCAAGACUUCCAGCACCAUCACCCUGCAGGCCCCGAGGGUCCAGCCGGAAGCGAGGGCUCCAGUCUUGAGGGCCCUGUCUCCUUCCGGAGAAGAGAGGAAGAGGCCAGCUGCACCCCAUCCAGCCGCCCUCCACUCCAGGCAGUCUGGCCUGGGAAGCCAGGAAGCUGUGGGCAAGGUUGCUACCAAGAGAAUCCCCAUGGAGAGCCAGAGGGCUUUAACAUUUCCCAAAUUUGAGAGCAAGCCUCAAAGCCAGGAAGUCAGGGAAGAUCAAACAGUCAAGUUCAGAUGUGAGGUUUCAGGGAUCCCAAAGCCUGAAGUGGCCUGGUUCCUGGACGGCACCCCCGUGAGGAGACAAACAGGCACCAUUGAGGUUUAUGAAGAUGCCGGAUCCCACUACCUCUGCCUGCUGAGAGCCCGGGCCAGGGACAGCGGGAAAUACAGCUGCACGGCUUCCAAUAUCCAAGGCCAGGUGUCCUGUAGCUGGACCCUCCUCGUGGAAAGGCUGGCCGUGAUGGAGGUGGCCCCCUCGUUCUCCAGUGUCCUGAAGGACUGUACCGUCAUCGAGGGCCAGGAUUUUGUGCUGCGGUGCUCCGUGCAGGGCACCCCAGUGCCCCGAAUCACUUGGCUGCUCAACGGGCAGCCCAUCCAGUACGCUCGCUCCACCUGCGAGGCCGGCGUGGCUGAGCUCCACAUCCAGGACGCCCUGCCGGAGGAUGAUGGCACCUACACCUGUCUGGCUGAGAAUGCCCUGGGACAGGUGUCCUGCAGUGCCCGGGUCACCGUGCAUGAAAAGAAGAGUGACAGGAAGAGUGAAUACCUUCUGCCCGUGGCUCCCAGCAGGCCCGUCACACCUGUCUUCCUGCAGGGCCUCUCUGAUCUCAAAGUCAUGGAUGGAAGCCAGGUCACCAUGACGGUCCAGGUGUCAGGGAAUCCACCCCCUGAGGUCAUCUGGCUUCACAACGGGAAUGAGAUCCAGGAGUCAGAGGACUUCCACUUUGAACAGAGAGGCACUCUGCACAGCCUUUGCAUCCAGGAGGUGUUCCCGGAGGACACAGGCACGUACACCUGCGAGGCCUGGAACAGCGCCGGGGAGGUCCGCACCCAGGCCGUGCUCACAGUGCAAGAGCCUCAUGACGGCACCCAGCCCUGGUUCAUCAGCAAGCCUCGCUCGGUGACAGCCUCCCUGGGCCAGAGUGUCCUCAUCUCCUGCGCCAUAGCUGGAGACCCCUUCCCUACUGUGCACUGGCUCCGGGAUGGCAAAGCCCUCUGCAAAGACACUGGCCACUUCGAGGUGCUGCAGAAUGAGGACGUGUUCACGCUGGUCCUAAGGAAUGUGCAGCCCUGGCACGCCGGCCAGUAUGAGAUCCUGCUCAAGAACCGGGUUGGCGAAUGCAGCUGCCAGGUGUCACUGAUGCUACAGAGCAGCCCUGCCAGGGCCCCCCCACGGGGGAGGGAGCCUGCCAGCUGUGAGGGCCUCUGUGGUGGAGAAGCUGGUGCUGAUGGUGGCAGUGGUGACCACUAUGGGACCCUGAGGCCCGGCUGGCUGGCAAGAGGGCAGGGUUGGCCAGAGGAGGAGGACGGUGAGGACGUGCGAGGGGUGCUGAAGAGGCGUGUGGAGACCAGGCAGCACACGGAGGAGGCCAUCCGCCAGCAGGAGGUAGAGCAGCUGGACUUCCGUGACCUCCUGGGGAAGAAGGUGAGCACCAAGACCGUGUCGGAAGAAGACCUCAAGGAGAUCCCAGCUGAGCAGAUGGAUUUCCGCGCCAACCUGCAGCGGCAAGUAAAGCCGAAGACUGUGACCGAGGAAGAGAGGAAGGUACAUAGCCCCCAGCAGGUUGACUUCCGCUCUGUCCUGGCCAAGAAAGGGACUCCCAAGACCCCAGUGCCUGAGAAAGUGCCACCUCCAAAACCUGCUACCCCGGAUUUUCGCUCUGUGCUAGGCAGCAAGAAGAAAUCACCAGCAGAGAAUGGUAGCAGCAGCACUGAGGCCUUGAAUGCCAAAGCAGUGGAAAGUUCCAAGCCUGUGAGCAAUGCACAGCCAUCAGGGUCCUUGAAACCCAUGGGUAACACUAAGCCUGCUGAGCCCCUGAAACCCAUGGGCAAUGCCAAGCCUGCAGAGAGCCCGAAACCUGUGGGCAACACCAAGCCUGCCGAGCCCCCAAAACCCUUGAGCAACGCCAAACCCGCAGAGACCCUGAAACCCGUGGGCAACACCAAGCCUGCCGAGACCCCGAAACCCUUGAGCAACACCAAGCCCGCUGAGACCCUGAAACCCAUGGACAAUGCCAAGCCCAAUGAGACCCUAAAACCCGUGGGCAGCACCAAGCCUGCUGAGACCAUGAAAUCAGCUGGGAAAGAAGAACUCAAGAAGGACGUUAAGAAUGAUGUGAACUGCAAGAGAGGGCAAGCGGGGGCCACAGAUAAUGAAAAGAGAUCGGAGAGCCAAGGGACAGCCCCAACAUUCAAGGAAAAGCUACAAGAUGUUCAUGUGGCAGAGGGUGAGAAGCUGCUACUCCAGUGCCAGGUGUCCUCUGACCCCCCGGCCACCAUCACCUGGACGCUGAAUGGAAAGACCCUCAAGACCACCAAGUUCAUCAUCCUCUCCCAAGAAGGCUCACUCUGCUCCGUCUCCAUUGAGAAGGCGCUGCCCGAGGACAGAGGCGUAUACAAGUGUGUGGCCAAGAAUGGCGCUGGCCAGGCUGAGUGCUCCUGCCAAGUCACUGUGGACGAUGCUCCGGCCAGUGAGAACACCAAGGCCCCGGAGAUGAAAUCCCGGAGGCCCAAGAGCUCUCUUCCUCCCGUGCUAGGAACAGAGAGUGAUGCAACUGUGAAAAAGAAACCGGCCCCCAAGACUCCUCCGAAGGCAGCAAUGCCCCCUCAGAUCAUCCAGUUCCCCGAGGACCAAAAGGUGCGCGCGGGAGAGUCAGUGGAGCUGUUUGGUAAAGUGACAGGCACCCAGCCCAUCACCUGUACCUGGAUGAAGUUCCGAAAGCAGAUCCAGGAGAGCGACCUCAUCAAGGUGGAGAACAACGAGAAUGGCAGCAAGCUCACCAUCCUGGCUGCGCGCCAGGAGCACUGCGGCUGCUACACGCUGCUGGUGGAGAACAAGCUGGGCAGCAGGCAGGCCCAGGUCAACCUCACCGUGGUGGAUAAGCCAGACCCCCCGGCUGGCACACCUUGUGCCUCUGAUAUUCGGAGCUCCUCACUGACCCUGUCCUGGUACGGCUCCUCAUAUGACGGGGGCAGCGCCGUGCAGUCCUACAGCAUCGAGAUCUGGGACUCGGCCAACAAGACGUGGAAGGAGCUGGCCACGUGCCGCAGCACCUCUUUCAACGUGCAGGACCUGCUGCCUGACCACGAGUAUAAAUUCCGUGUGCGUGCAAUCAACGUGUAUGGAACCAGUGAGCCGAGCCAGGAGUCUGAACUCACGGUGGUGGGAGAGAAACCUGAGGAGCCAAAGGAUGAAGUGGAGGUGUCAGAUGACGACGAGAAGGAGCCUGAGGUCGAUUACCGGACAGUGACGGUCAAUACGGAACAAAAAGUAUCUGACUUCUAUGACAUCGAAGAGCGACUAGGAUCUGGGAAAUUCGGACAGGUCUUUCGACUUGUAGAAAAGAAAACUAGGAAAAUCUGGGCAGGGAAAUUCUUCAAGGCGUAUUCGGCAAAAGAGAAAGAGAACAUCCGGCAGGAGAUCAGCAUCAUGAACUGCCUCCACCACCCCAAGCUGGUGCAGUGUGUGGACGCCUUCGAGGAAAAGGCCAACAUCGUCAUGGUCCUGGAGAUCGUGUCAGGGGGUGAGCUGUUUGAGCGCAUCAUUGACGAGGACUUCGAGCUGACGGAGCGCGAGUGCAUCAAGUACAUGAAGCAGAUCUCGGAGGGGGUGGAGUACAUCCACAAGCAGGGCAUCGUCCACCUGGACCUCAAGCCCGAGAACAUCAUGUGUGUCAACAAGACGGGCACCAGGAUCAAGCUCAUCGACUUCGGUCUGGCCAGGAGGCUGGAGAACGCGGGCUCUCUGAAGGUCCUCUUUGGCACCCCGGAGUUUGUGGCUCCUGAAGUGAUCAACUAUGAGCCCAUCGGCUACGCCACGGACAUGUGGAGCAUCGGGGUCAUCUGCUACAUCCUGGUCAGUGGACUUUCCCCCUUCAUGGGAGACAACGACAACGAAACCUUAGCCAAUGUUACCUCAGCCACCUGGGACUUCGACGAUGAGGCGUUCGAUGAGAUCUCCGAUGAUGCCAAGGAUUUUAUCAGCAGUUUAUUGAAGAAAGAUAUGAAAAACCGCCUGGACUGCACCCAGUGCCUUCAGCACCCAUGGCUAAUGAAAGACACCAAGAACAUGGAAGCCAAGAAGCUCUCCAAGGACCGGAUGAAGAAAUACAUGGCCAGGAGGAAAUGGCAGAAAACGGGCAAUGCUGUGAGAGCCAUUGGAAGACUGUCCUCUAUGGCAAUGAUCUCAGGGCUCAGUGGCAGGAAAUCCUCAACGGGGUCACCAACCAGCCCGCUCAAUGCAGAAAAGCUAGAAUCUGAAGAUGUGUCCCAAGCUUUCCUUGAGGCUGUCGCUGAGGAAAAGCCCCAUGUAAAACCCUAUUUCUCUAAGACCAUUCGUGAUUUAGAAGUUGUGGAGGGAAGUGCUGCUAGAUUUGACUGCAAGAUCGAAGGAUACCCAGACCCUGAGGUGGUCUGGUUCAAAGAUGACCAGUCAAUCAGGGAGUCCCGCCACUUCCAGAUAGACUACGAUGAGGAUGGGAACUGCUCUUUAAUUAUUAGCGAUGUUUGUGGGGAUGACGAUGCCAAGUACACCUGCAAGGCUGUCAACAGUCUUGGAGAAGCCACCUGUACAGCAGAGCUCAUUGUGGAAACCAUGGAGGAAGGAGAAGGGGAAGGGGAAGAGGAAGAAGAGGAAGAGUGAACAAAGCCAGAGAGAAGCAUUAUAAGUCAUAUUAAAAGGACUAUUUCUCUAAGCUCAAACGACUCAAGGUAGCAAAAGCACCUAGUGUGAUAGAUUAUCUAGUUAGGUCAUUUGGGGGUUGAUUCUUCAGCAACAGCAGUUCUUGAUGGGCAUUAAUUUGAAUUAGCUGGCACUUUAAGAUACUUAGUGCAGCUAGAUUUCAUUUAAGGGAAAUCACCAGUAACUUGCCUGACCAAUUGAUUUUAGAGAGAAAGUAACCAAGAGAAAAAUUUAUCUGGGCAAAGUCAUAUAUUCCCCUACUGAAUGCACUAAUGAAAACUAAGGCCAAAACAAGGGCUCUGGCCCUGCAGCCACAGCUCAGCCAGAGUCCCUAGUGAUGGAAAGCCUCUCUUGCCCAGCUCCGGACUCCAGAAAACUGGGUCUUCUCCAGUAUUGCUGCACUUCGUUCUGAAAGCAGUUGAGCCAUUCUAAUUUUAUGAGGCACACUUUAUUCCAAAGUACGCUGCAGAUGUUCAAACUUUCCAUUUAUCUCCCCCAUUUCACCAGCCAGUUUUUCUGGAUCUGAACGUGUUAUGACCUUAAGCACUAAGGACAUUUUACUUCUUAAGUUCUGAAGACAGGUCCCCUGCUCAUGAAUGACUCUGGCUUUCUUAGGAAAAUAAAGUCUCCUUUCUUCUAAAAUCAGUGGGCUAUCUAAGCUUAUCCCCUCUUUGCAAAUGUCUAGCAGCUUCAGAUAUUUGGAUAAGAACCCAUGGAAACAAUCCUUGCUAAUGUUGCUUUUCUUCUUAAACCAGGUUUCAUAUUUGUGUUGUUAUAGAAUAUCAGCUCUGCAUGUGUGGGAAAGAUCUUUGUGUUUGAAUGUAGGAAAAACCAGUUUGCUGAAAAGUUAGUCUUAAUUAUUUACUGGCCACUAUAAAAUGGAUUUCAACUGAAAAGCUGUAGAACUCCACAUACAUUGGAAUCUCCUUCAAGAUAGUCUGAGUUUAAUAUACCUUCAUUCUCAACACUCUCCAAAGAACUUGACCUACCUUAUGGGUUCCACGAUAUUUUUCUUCUUGAAUGUGCAUCAAUCAAGCCUUGCCCCCAACCUUGAAAUAUAUUCUUAGACCUGAUAAAUGCACUCAGACUUGCAUCUAUAGGGAUUUUUAACUUUCUUUCACUACAUUGGCACUUAAAUUUUUUCUUUAGAAAACUUUUUGAAGGUCAUAAACAAAGACCAUAAUUGAUAUACCUGAUAUUCCUGUGUGUGUGUGUGUAACAUUCCAAAUACUUUUUUUCUUUUCCACUGUUUGUAAAGUGAAGCAAUUUAAUAUUUCAAUGGAUUUUUUAACAGUUCCUUAAGAACCAAUUUUAAAUUACUUCAGUGCAAUUCUACACAGUAUCAACAUUAGAAUUUUUAUCUUAUUCUUAUGUUAACUUUAUCUGCUUUUUGCUGCUAGUUUCAAAUUGCCAGUAUUUUCCUUUUUGCUUUUUAAACAGUUACAAUAUUUUUCAUAAUAGCCACAGUAUUGCCACAGUUUAUUAUAAUAAAGGGUUUUUAUUUGAUUUAGAAUAGUCAAAGCUUUUUUCCCAACACUUUUGUGUUUAGACUAUAAUCCUUGUGUGUGUGUAUGUUGUGUGUGUGCGUGUGUGGUAUAUAUGUGUGUUUACAGGCUAAUGCCUUCUUGAAAUUGUGCUAAUGUUCUCUCAGUUUAUUAUACCAUCAGAAUGGUAAAUGAGAACACUACAACUGUAGUUAGCUCACAAUUUUUAAAUAAAGGAUACCACAGUGCAUGUUGUUUGUUCAA